AAAUAAUUACUUUAAAUUAAAGGAAUGCUAGACAGACUGUAUGAAACAUACUUUGCAAUUUAAGCAAGCUCCUCAAUUUUUGCAAAUGCGUCUGACGCUGCCCUAGAGCGCCUGGUCCCAGCGGAGCACGGCAGAGCCGGGGGCCGCGCCGUGGGAUUUGGGUGACCCCUGCUGCGGAGCACACAGGACCUGGGGACUGAGUUUGCCCUAAAAGAAAUCAUGUCAUCAGGAGGAGCUGAAGAUGAUAUUCCUCAAGCAGAGAGGAAAACAGUGACAGACUUUUGCUACUUAUUGGAUAAAUCUAAACAGCUAUUCAAUGGCUUAAGGGAUUUACCUCAGUAUGGGCAAAAGCAGUGGCAAUCCUAUUUUGGGCGAACGUUUGACGUUUACACCAAGCUCUGGAAGUUUCAACAGCAACAUCGACAAGUAUUGGACAAUCGGUAUGGGUUGAAGCGGUGGCAAAUUGGGGAAAUUGCUUCCAAGAUUGGGCAGCUCUAUUACCAUUAUUACUUGCGCACUUCAGAAACCAGCUAUCUCAAUGAAGCUUUCUCCUUCUAUUCAGCAAUUAGGCAGAGGUCUUACUACUCCCAAGUCAACAAAGAAGACAGGCCUGAAUUAGUGGUGAAGAAGCUGCGUUACUAUGCAAGGUUUAUAGUGGUUUGUCUCUUGCUCAACAAAAUGGAUGUUGUAAAGGACCUUGUAAAGGAGCUGUCAGAUGAAAUCGAAGACUAUACUCAUCGUUUCAAUACUGAAGAUCAGGUGGAGUGGAACCUGGUUCUUCAGGAAGUGGCAGCGUUUAUUGAGGCAGACCCUGUCAUGGUUUUAAAUGAUGACAACACCAUUGUAAUCACCUCUAACAGGCUUUCUGAAACAGGAGCUCCGUUGCUGGAGCAGGGGAUGAUAGUGGGACAGCUUGCUCUUGCUGAUGCGCUCAUUAUCGGGAACUGCAACAACCAGGUGAAGUUCAGUGAGUUGACAAUCGAUAUGUUCCGAAUGCUGCAAGCACUUGAAAGGGAACCAAUGAAUUUAGCGUCACAAAUGAACAAACCUGGAAUGCAAGAGUCAACGGAGAAACCAGCCAGGCGGGAAAACCCCCACAAAUAUCUACUUUAUAAACCAACUUUUAGCCAGCUAUAUACAUUUUUAGCAGCAUCAUUUAAGGAGCUGCCUGCAAACAGUGUGCUGCUGAUUUACUUGUCUGCCACGGGCGUGUUUCCAUCAGGUCGUUCGGAUAGUGAAGGUCCGUAUGAUUUUGGUGGUGUCCUGACAAACAGCAACCGGGACAUUAUAAAUGGGGAUGCUCUUCACAAGCGAAACCAGUCUUACAAGGAGAUGCACUGUCUUCACCCCGGAGAUCUCUACCCUUUCACCAGAAAGCCCCUGUUCAUCAUUGUGGACUCGUCAAACAGCGUCGCCUAUAAGAAUUUCACAAACUUAUUUGGACAACCAUUGGUGUGCUUGCUGUCUCCAACAGCAUACCCAAAAGCACUACAAGAUCAGUCUCAGCGGGGUAGCCUCUUCACACUCUUUCUGAACAAUCCUUUAAUGGCAUUCCUGUUUGUCUCUGGAUUAUCGAGCAUGCGCAGAGGGCUGUGGGAGAAGUGCCAAGAUUACCUUCGAAAAAUCAACCGAGACAUUGCCCAGCUGCUGACCCACUCCCGGUCCAUCGAUCAGUCCUUUCUUCAAUUUUUUGGGGAUGAAUUUCUUCGCUUGCUUCUAACAAGAUUUAUCUUCUGUUCGGCUACUAUGAGGAUGCACAAAAUUUUCCGGCAGGAGACUCGAAAUUAUCCAGAAUCUUAUCCUCAGCUGCCAAGAGAUGAAACGGUGGAGAACCCUCACCUCCAAAAGCACAUUUUGGAGCUGGCUUCCAUACUGGAUGUUAGGAAUGUUUUCCUGGAAAACACCCUCGAUGACUAUUAAAAGAAACUGUCUUAUUGCAAAGGGGUUUCCCUGGCCACAGAUUUUGAAUGGUGCAGUUUUAUAAUGUGAAAAUCAUAAAAGAAAGUAUUUGAUUUUAUUUUUAAAUUUAGGACCAUUAUUUUAAGAAGUAAUAAUAAACAGCUGUUAGUUUAGCUGUUCCAUUCUGUAUGGGGUCAAUUUUAUAAGCAGAAGUUUUCAUGUCUUUUAAAUGUUAAACUAAAGAAUCACUAGAGGUUUAUUUCUGGUCUUGUGGCUACUGACCACAUUUCCAACAGCUGAUCCUAAGCAUAAGAAGUAUUAUUCGUUACCUUUAGCCCACGUUUGUGGAAAUCCUUUAUUUUUAUACAAUUUUAAGAAAUUGGAAAAAAAAUCAAUAGAAAAACAAUAUUUUAUCCCCAAAGAGUCUGGAUUUGAAAUGGUAAAGAUGGAACCACACAGUGCAAACCAACAAUAGCAAUAAAACAGAGUCCUUCAUAACAAAUAUAUUUUUUCAGUCUUAGGCAAGUGAGUAGACAAAACUGUGGACAAUUAAUUGCAUUUGGAGCAGUGGGUUUGAAGUUGUAAAGAUACUUAAUGCUCCCUAUCAAUUUGACACAGCAAUUUUGUAUAUGAACUUUGUACUGCUGGCCAAGGGCACAAUCUCCACUCUGCCCGGUUGGGUAGAUGGUUAAGCAGAUUAACAAAUUACAAAACUAAGCAAGCCAAUCCCCCGCUCUCACUGUAAUAUGGGACAUCUUGCCAUUUGUAUUGCUGCCACAAUUUUCCAGGAGGAGAGGGCAUUCUUAAUUUUGAGGUACUAGACAGAAAUUCUUACAUUUCCAGCAGGAGUUAUCCCUCCUUCCCACGUGGGGCUGGAAUGUGUGGAGCUCUCAGUGUGACCAGUCCCUGAUGGGAACUGGAAGAACAUCCCCUACGGUGCUGAAAACAAGCCCUUCCUAUCAGUCCUUUGUGUGCCCCAUCUGUGCUGGAUCCCCAGGAGAGGUGCUGGUGCUCCUCUUGCAGGUUAAACAAAGCAGGUGCUGCCCUAAAGCCCUGUUAACGCUUUGCAUGCCCGUCACUGCACCUUAGUCCUAGCUUUGACCCACUAAAACUAAGGGGCUGCAAUUUUGUUUGGCUUCCUCAGCCUGUGACACUCAGCCCGGGCACGUUAGGGAGCGCGGUGGCCUUUGUGAAGGCCCUUGCUGGGAAGGCUGUUCUGACAGGGGAAAAGUGCUUGUGGGGUCAUUUGGAUGGCACUGCCUUCCUCGCAGAGCUGGAGGACCUGCAACCCCUGAGGGUGAAGGUCUGAGCAAGGAGAAGGAACCAAAAAUAUUUUAGACUAUUAAAGGAAAAAGACCAUUUUGACCGUUCCAUGGGCUGCUAGAAAAGGAGUGAAAGGACGGGUCUGAUCAGUGCUCUUGUGGUGAACCCCAGCCAUGUCUCUGUUUUUAGGUGAAAAAAAAAUACAGAACAUGAUGACUACCAUAGUAUUAUGGUAUGUCUGUUUGCAAUGCCAUCGCACAGGGCAGGAGCCAGUCAGCUGGAGUAGCAGCAGAGCAGCACUGAUGGACCCCGUCCAGCUGAGGAGGGCACAGCGAGAAUUGCUGGAGUGUAGCUGGGAAGUUUGCAUGAAGGUUCUUUGCAGCUGGGCUGAAGCUUAGGCCAUCUAUCCUUCAAUUUCCCAAGUGUAAAAAAUGUCAUGAUCACUAGUGUUUGUUCUGAGCAGUUUUGAAGCUGGUAUAUUGAGCCCCCACCACUUGGUGCUGCUCUUCUUUGGACUUUGUUACCUGGGAUGUGGAGUUUAUUUUAAAGAGUGUGUGUUUGUGUGUGUGCAUGUGUAUUCUAGGCGUUUGUGUGUAUAUGUACAAUACGCAUACAUCUACUGGCUGGUGUAAAUUGUAAAUAUGUAUAUAUGUACAGGUACUUGUAUAUGUAUUAAAAAGAAUGAAACAGUACAAUGUCUAUAUACAAAAUUUAUAUAUACACACAUACGCCAUGGUGGGUGCGUUCCACAAGGUGUUACAGAGCAUUUGUGGUUGUAGUAAAGGUUAUGGCUUUUCUGCCAUUGUAAUUUGUUGUUUCCAAGGUCUCCGGCCUGGACCCUGAAGUAAUUAAUAACCGAUUUCGGGUACAGGAGGCCUUAGUCAGCCCCGGGAACGAAUACUCCUGUGUGUGCUACAGUGAUACUUCCUGUGUUCUCAACUGUGAAGCUGAGGAUCUGCCUUUCUUUCUGGCAGGAGGUCCUCAGUUAUUAAAACAUAGAAUCCUAUGUAGAAGCUAAAGAUACAGAAAGCCUUUAAUGCAGCAGCAAGUGAGAGAGGGGUUACCUGUUACCCUGCCUGCUGUUCCAACCUGCAUGGAAAAGGGGAAUUCUGUUUUCCCCAGCUCACUGCCUUCCAACCAAAUGCUUUUGUUUUGCUUAAGCUUUUGCUUUGAUGAAGCUAUUCUUAUUUUGGUUCCGUGUAUCUGGAAAAGAAUAUGCUGUUUCUAAGCAUAGGAGUGAUGAUGAUUCCAUCGGCGUGGGCUGGUGAACCUGUGUGGGAUGUUGCUCGUUAGCUGGGAAAGCCUCGGCAGACCCAGUCUUCACUUUAGCUGGGCUGAAGCAAGGAGUCCUUGCUUGUGAUCUGAGAGGCUUCUAAUCCACCUUGCAGCCCUCAGAAGAGGUUCUGUUUGCUUGUUCCCAAGGUGGGUCUAAUCAGAGGAGAAUGCGCUUUUUAGAAAACAAAAAACCUGAAGAAGGCAGAAUGUAGGAGGAGAACGUAAGGCCUUGGAAAUCAUUCUUGAGGUCCCUCGUUCUCUUCUUGCCUGCUGAUCUCGGGUUCAGAAGGUACACUGCUGGCCAGGAUGGGCAAAGGUAAAGAUUUCACUCCUGAUGUGUGGGUAGGAGUACGGAAUUGUACUUUGUAAGCGAGAGGCUGAUACCCUCUGUCUGCUCUGGCUGCAGAUAGGAUGAGUAUCUGGUCUUGGAUUUUGAGCCAGCACCAUCCCUUCCCAUCCAAAGCAACUGCAUUCAAGAUGAAAAUAUUGAUAUUUUCCCCUCCAAGUAAAAGCUUGUCUUGUUUGAACUUACUAAGUCAUUCUAAACUUGUGCUACUGUGUGCCGUGUGCUAUGGUCGUAGGUACCUUCUCGAUGUAUGCUUGUAUGUACUGAGAAACCUUUGGUUUAUGUAUCUAGCAGUCCUCACUGUGGAAGCGAAGCAAAGACUGAACCAUUUUUAUGUGAGAACAAACCCUUUUCUUCUCAGGCUUAAUGCCUUCCCCCUUGUCUUGCUCUCCCUUUCUCCAUAUAUCCUUGUUGCUUAUUCUAGUGGUGAAGACUUGCCACCACCCAGCAAUACCCAAUAAAAGGGGUAAAUUCUGUGUGUUAUAUAUUGAGAGGAGAAUGUGACCUGGACUGAAUGUGUCCCUCCUGGACUACUUCUGCCCUGGCUCCCUGCCUACGCAUGUGGUGUGUUCAAAUGAGUCCUGCUCCCACGAGAGGCACCUCUGUUUGUGCUCCUCUUCAAACUGGCUGUGGAACAUCUGGCCAGAGUUACUGCCGUGGCCUUUUGGUUUUGCCUCUUUGACUUCUCAAAGUAAGAGUGAGAGGGGAGAAAGGGUUAUGAGUUUUUAACGCUCUGUUUUUUAACUACUCUUGGGAUGUCACGUGUCAUUUUGCUUCAUGCACAAACUAAAUGGAGCACUAACUUGUGUGAGCUGUGCAAACUGGACUUGCUCCCGGGAGGGCUUUUGUGAGAAGCCUCAGGAUGGUUUGUUUGGGUAGUUCACCAAAACAUCCAUCCAGUUGUGACUUCCUCAGCCCCUUGAGACUAUUCCCCAGGGCGAUGUGCAAAGAUGUCUUUUAAUGAUAGGAAAUAGAUGGAAGGGACAGGAAAUUAGGCUGCAAAUUAGGAUCUUUGAAAGCUACAAGUUCAGUAGCUGUGGUCAGGCUUCUCCUCUAGGGACGGGAUGAAAGUGCCACUCUGAGGUCCAUCCCUGGCACGCUCUUGUGAAGCACCUCCCCUGCCCCGCGCCCUCCUUGUGCUGUAACUCCAUCCGUGCUUACGUCUGCUUUUUCCCAAAACCUAAGAAGCUUGGAAUCUGUCUGAACAACUUUUCUUUUGUCUUGAGGCUUCUUUUGUAAAAGCUUUAUCUCUGUUAGAUUCUUCAGUAGCUGUUCUGACUCCAGGUCACCAAAGGUAGCAUGGGAGAGCCCUCCCUUAGUCCUGCCCGUUCCCUGCAAAGCGGCUGCUCGGUGUCGGCAGCGGAUCCGCGGUGGCUGCUGCUCCCAGGACCGAGGGAGCUCCGCAGGCAGUAACAGCAAGAGAAAUCUUACUAACGAGGGAGAAAACCCAAUUCCUGGGGCUGAAAGCUGCUCUGUGCCACCGGGUGACAUUGGACCAGCUUUGGUCGGCCCCUGCGUGAGGGACGCUGGCGCAGAGGACAGGGCACCAAUCUCCACAGCAGAGAGACGAUACAUUCCAGAGGUGGCUCUCUUACGUUUUUAACAUCUUUGACUUUGAGAGAAACACUGUUUCUGUGACCAAAGGUAUUGCAAGUGCUUUGAAGAUCUGAAUAUCCACAAGUAGAGCAGGGGAAGAGAACACCAGACACGUAUCUGCUUUAAAAAAGUAAGCUAUGCUUUUCUUUCUCCCUCCAAACUGUUAACUGCCGAGAGAGGAGAUUGAGUUCUGACAGAUCUUUUGGAGGAUGAAGGGGUGUCUCUGCAUUCCUGUUGACUUACUGAGGUGGCAGCGGCUCCUCCAUCCCGAAUAAACCCCCAUGUGGGUAUCUGCCCCCUUCCCUUUGCAGAUUUCUUUCAGCACGUGUUUGUUCUCGCUUCUCAGUCCCGAGUGGGUUCUCCGGGGCAGGGGUUUGCCCCCCCUGCAGCCUGAAAAGCACAAAUUGCUUCUACCCUGUCCAAGGCGCAGCGAGGAGGAGGAGGGAGAGGGGGGAGCGCGGCCCCCACAGCCCCUCUGCCCGGGGACACGCAGCCUCUCGCCUCUCUGAGGAGCAGAGUAUUUAUUACCAAAAGUAAUUUUAUAGUGAAUUGGUUUAAAGUUAUUUCACAGCCCUGUGCCUGUAUAUCGUAUUUUGGUAAAAAGAUAUUUUACUUGAAAUGAUAUAGAGAUAUAUGAAUAAACGUGGUUUUUUUCGGA